UCAGGUGAGGGGGGCGCGGCCCCGAUCCCGGCCCGGCCCCGCGCGCGGCCCCGUCGCAGCCCGCCCGCGAGCACGCGCCGCCGCCGCCAUGGCCAGCUCGCCGGUGCCGCGCGUGGUGUACGGCGGGAAGCGCAGCGGGGGCGCGCGCUCGCCCAGCUCCAGCGACCUCUUCACGCCCGCGCACGAGGAGAACGUGCGCUUCAUCCACGAGGCCUGGCAGUGCGUGGAGCGAGACCUCCGCAUGUCGGGCAGCGAGCGGGGCCUGGUGGAGGAGUACGUGGAGAAGAUGCCGAACCCCAGCCUGAAGGCGUUCAAACCCUUCGACCUGAGCGACCUGAAGAGGAGGAACGCGCAGGAUGCCAAGAAGUCCUAAGGCAGAGGCGCGGCGCGGCCGGCGGGUGCUGGUCUCCUGAGGUCCUCCAGCAGAUUUACCUUGGCUGCUUUGUGUUGGUUUCCUCCUGGUCUGUGCUUCCCCGGGAGAGGCGGGCGGCUUCGGCCAGGCUCUGGCGCUGCCCGAGGAGGAACUACUCUGAGGCUGCCCGGAGCCUGUCGUGAUGGAUCUGGGCAUCUUCCCUGUAGCUCCCCCCAGCCUCCUGCUGCCUUUCUCCCCCUUGCGUUGGCCGUGAGGUCGCCCCCUCUCUCUCCCGGCCCCGGCGCUGCUCUGUUGGUCGUGGAGUGCCCCGGCCUCUCCAGCUUGGGAGGUCAGAGUGAGGUGGCCUUGCUGUGGCAGCAGGGCUGGGUCUAGCUCCUCGCUCCCCCAGCUUCCACGGACCAGGUCUGGCUGGGGAGAGGGCAGGGAGGCCCGGAGAGCUGCGGGGAAGGUGCUGAGCUCUGCCUGGUGCAGAGGCAGGGGCAAGCUGCCCCGAUUCGGCACCAGGAGGCUUGGAGACCUCCUUGCGGCCUGGCUGCUGGCAGGGGCCGCCUUGCCCUCCCCACAGCCCCUGCUGCCUGGCUCGGCGCUGCCCAGGCAGAGGAGCCGGCAGUAAGGAUCGGGUUUGUCCCCAGUGCUAGAGCUGGGCCAGGUGCGACCUGGAGUACUGAGGUGGAGCUGCUCCCUGCCAGGCCCCACGUGAGAUGGGAUGUCAGCGUCGGCACCUGUGCCGAGCCCCAGGGGCCAUUCCAGCAGCGGCUUCAGGCCCAUCUCUGCCCAGCAGCCCUGGCAGCUCUGCGGCAGGGGGGCUGGCUCCGCUGCGGGAGGCUGCUUCCUUCCACCUGCUUGUCUGCGUGCCAUCUCCUGGCUUCGUACCAGAGCGGCCCCCACUCCCCUGUCUCUGCCUGCCCUGGCGCAGAGGCAGCUCAGUGCCGAGACACCGCUGCGUCAGGCACCGGGCAGCUCGGGAGGCAGCAGCCUGUGGCUCAUUCUCCCCGGGGUCUGGGAAGUGCCAGGCUGGGUGCUCUCAGCAUGGCCCCGCUCGCAGCCAGGCGGAAGGUCUCUGCUGUCAUCCAUGGUGAAGCAAGGGGGCUGUGGCUGCUGCGGCCUGGGCUGGCAGCUCUGGGCCUGGCAGGGCCAAGUGCUCUGCCGGGCACGGGUGCAGGCAGGAGUGGCGGUGGCUGUCGCCUACCCUGGUUGCGCAGGUCUGAGCCGUGCCGAUCCCUUCGUUUUGUUGUCUGUCACUUGAGGAGUCUUGUAAAUAAAAGCUGGUUCCUCCUUUUGAGCCCAA